CGCCGUUUCGACUGUCUGUCCGUCUUACGCGUCGCCGUGUACUGUGCUAUGAAUCCCAGUGUGUGUGUUACGUGAAUCUAUCAUGUGAGUGCCCCCUGUGCAAUAUAUUGGUAUAUUUUACGUGUUCAUGUGUUCAGUUUGUAGCGGUUUAUUCAUAAGUUGAAGCGGAUAAGGUGCGGCUAGUAACGGCGCUGUCGGUGGUGACACAGUGUAGUGCAUGUGCGCGGGUGUCGGUGUGGCAUGCGCAGCGCGCUAGCGAGCGAUGCAGCGCGCGGCGCAGUUUAUGCUGCUCUGCGUGGCGCACAUCUCGCCAAGUGUGUGUGACGUGGCGGGGGGCGCGGGGUCGGUGAACUCUCUGCCGGCGGGGAGCGGGUCGCGCCUGGCGCCCAGCUUCGACGCCGCCACUCCCAGGAACGUCACAGCGCUGGUCGGCAAGAGCGCCUACCUCAGCUGUAGGGUCCGGAACCUGGGGAAUAGAACGGUGUCAUGGAUCCGGCACCGCGACCUGCACAUCCUCACGGUGGGCGGCUACACGUACACGUCCGACCAGCGCUUCCAGGCCACGCACUCGCCGCAGACGGACGACUGGACGCUGCAGAUCAAGUGGGCGCAGCAGCGCGACGCCGGCGUCUACGAGUGCCAGGUGUCCACGCAGCCCGUGCGCUCCUUCUUCGUCACGCUCCACGUUGUCGAUUGCGACGAAAUCUACCAGAGGAUGUUCUCGGAUGGAGUGCCGUCGGCGCGCAUCCUGGGCGGACCCGACCUGCACGUGGACAUGGGCUCCACCAUCAACCUCACCUGCCUCAUCCAGUUCAGCCCCGAGCCGCCCGCCUACAUCUUCUGGUACCACGAGGACGAGCAGGUGAUAUCGUACGACUCGUCGCGCGGCGGCGUGUCGGUGGUGACGGAGAAGGGCGCGGCCACCACGUCGUACCUGCUGGUGCAGGACGCGACGCCCGCCGACUCCGGCCGCUACUCCUGCGCGCCCUCCAACGCCGAGCUCGCCGCCGUGCGCGUGCACGUGCUCAACGGCGAGCGGCCGGCGGCGAUGCAGACGGGCUCGGCGGGGCUGUCCGACAGCUGGCGCUGCGUGCUGGCGCUGCUGGCGGCCGCGGCGCUGCACGCGCGCCUGCGCGCCGCGCUGCUCGCCAGCUGAUGCGGCGCGCCAGGCGCCGUGUGCCAGCUGCCAUCAUCUCCUACCACAUUUUAUCCCAAGGAAACUUAGUUUUCGAUUAAUUAAGUACCAAUUAAUUCAUUCAUGAGUGAUACUCUCAUGUUUUUGAAAUACAAAUACCGGCAAAACAUUCACACGAAUUCAGAUAUAAUUUGGUGAACGUUUGGUAACGAAAAUAAUAACAACUGAGCUCUACAAAAUGCUAGCAAGACAUUUUUGUGACAGUUAAAGAUAAAAUAAUUCUAAUCAUGUUCAUUGUAUUCUAUUUUUAUUUAGAAAGAAAUUCAUCAUUGAAAAUUAUUGAAAAAUGUUGUCAAAAUUCUAAUGAACACCAUUCGUAGGUACAUCCUCAGUAAGUUUUCUAUGGCAGGGACAUCGUUCAAUAUUUUGUAAUUAUAAGUGAUAUAACACAGAACACGUGCAUGAUUUGCCGUUAUUUAUAUUGAAGUACUAACAAAUAAGAUUUUUACGAGCGAGGACCGUACGGAUAUAUUGUCUUGUCACUGUAAAUGAUGUGCGUCCCACUCCAGCAGCCUGCUCUCUGACGCCGCGUCGUCGCCGCCCGUCUGCGCUACUCCGCUUAUUCAUUGGUGGUUAUGAAAAAGACUGUGAUUCAUUCUUCAUCACAUCCUAGUAGGCAGCAUAUAACUAGAUUUAAGUAUAUAAUUUUUGUUUUGCUGAUUUCUCCCGUCUCUAUUAACGCCCAGUGCUGUGCGCCGACGAGUGACGUAUGGUUACGUAGUUUAAACUAGUUCGGAUAGUUAGAUGGCGUUUAUUCUUUUCUGAUCCUGCGGCCGACCAUUAAAUUGUACAGCUCACUACCUCCUUACAACUUAUAUCUAAAUAGGUAUUGUGUCUUUGAAAAAAUGAGUGUAUGUGUACAAAACGACGGGUGGCGCGCGGGCAGAGACUCACAUUGACGUCACUCGCUCCCCUUACACUGUAAAUACUAUUUUGUAAUAAGAAACGAGUUUGUAUACAUACUGAUCGCAGUAAGCGUAUUGACAGGUUAACUGACGCAUCGGAUACGUUCUUGUGUGAAAUGAAGCGUCUUUACAAACACUAUUCACUAUUAUAAAAAUGUGUAGGUAGUUCUUGAGAGUAACGGCCGACUCAGUGCAACAAACUGCAGCGGAACCUUCGAACACUUCUCGUUCCGGCUCUAGGCAGAUUCAUUUUACGCCUUGCAUGGGUGGGCUUGAACGGUCAAUACAUUUGCACCCCAGUGGGGAGAUUCACUAACUUAAUGUUCAACACUGAAUGGUAGCCACCGAGAUCAUUUGACAUUGGUUGGUUCUACAUUGAUGGUUUGCUGAGUGAUAUUAAAAUAUUUUUCCGUGGGAAACCUACAAUGGAUUGAACAUGAAUGUAAAUGAGCUCGGUGGCUAUCGUUCAGUGUUGAACACUGAGUUAGUGAAUUAUCCGACAAAUCGGAAAAGUUUAUGGUCCGAGAUCCCAGGGCCACAAGACGUUACUUAUUUUGUGAGAAACAAAACGUGUAAACGUGUAUUAUGAGUAGUGUUAGUGUGUACUUGUAACACGCAUAUUUGCGAGCUUGUGCCGACGCGGACGGCCAAUGCAGAUAUGAGCUGCUAAAGAUGCGUAUAAAUAUUAAGUACUUACUUUUCUUAAAGUCUGGGUGCUGAUUUUUGUGUGUAUUUUUUGGUUAUCAUAAUAUGAAAAUUACGACUCAGACCAUAAGUAACAUUAAAUAUUAUGUUAUUUUUGUGCGCCUGGCAGAAUUACGGCCAACGAAAAGUGUCUGGCAGUAUUGAGCAUCAUUACAUAAAAGUCAGCAUUUAGAUUUUAAGAAAAGAGAGUAAUGUGUUUAGUAGGUGUACCUUUAGCAGUUGAUACCUUCAUAUUGACCGUCGGCACAAGGUAGUAGAUAUGCGUACGUUAUUAGUAUGCACUAGCCUACUCUAUCACACACAAUUUGUUUCUCAGAAAAUAAAUAAGUCUGCCGGUCCUGGGAUCUUACGAUUAUCACAUUUGUGUCAUCCUACCGCGAUGAUAGUUCAAGCAUAGAGUCAGUCAAACAUUUUGUAUAUUGUAAGAGAUUAAAUAAAUCGAGAAUAAAUAAUUGUAUAAAAUAGUUAGAUAAGUGAUAUUUAGAUUUAGGAAAUAAAUUACUUGAAGACCCCAUUUAUAUUAAGUUCAUCAAUGACUUAUUACGUAUUUUACCUUUUAUCACUAAAGUUAUCCCGACUCAGUAAUUAAUUUAAAGAUACGUCCCACUACCUGCUUACAUAUUCUUUAUUAUUAGAUGAAUUGAAUGAUAAUUUAUUCGCUAUAAAAAAUACAUUGUCGUUAUACAGCAGAUUAUUUAGGGAAUUCAACAUUAACUAAUUAAUGUACCUACUGUGAACCAUUUUUCGCACUUUAAGAAUUCAGCCUGUCAGAAUUGAGUUUAACUCUAAAUUAUCUUAAGUGUAACUGGUUAACACACUUUAGCGGUGGGUAAUAUCGACAUUAUCAUCUAUCGGAUUGAGUUGCUGGGUAUCAAUCGCAUCCUUGGACAACCUCGAGGGAAAGGCACAAAGUCACCCUUUAAACGUUUGAUUGCUGUGGUGUCUGUAAUACGUUGAACUAAACUUAUUCGUUAUGUUCCAUUAGAAUAAAUAAUACGAGUAUUUGUUCAAAGUUAUCUUAUAAGCAUAAAGAUAAUUAUUUAUUUGUAACUUUAAUUACCAUAAAUGAAAAUAACGUCGUUCCUAUUUGGAAUUAUUUGUAAUUAUUAUACAUCAGUCCGUGGAACUAGGAUAAUUUUUUAUGACUUAAGUAAUUAUUUUAGCCCUGAUGAAUUAAGGUUUAGAUCAUAAAAAAUGUACAAUACAAUUUUUUAUUUAAAUAUCUAUUUAUUUCUGAUUUAUAAAGUUUCGUAACGACGACAUCUUGCUCUUAUUUAAAAAAUAUA